GACUCCUCCUUCCUGCAGCUCUGAGGAUCACAGGCUGAUUGAAGAACACAGCAAUUCCGAUGGGGAGCUGUGCUCAGUGACUCUCUCUCGUUUUCUCUCUGUCUCCCAGUCUGUGAACCGGCCAAGCUGAAAUCUAUCUGAUAAUCUCUCUGCCUUUGAAUCCAGCUCUGGAACCAAAUGCAUCAUUUUACUGCUCUUAAAAAGUGAAUAGAGUUUGAUUACCUCAAGCCAAAGCUGCUUUGCUCCAAAGAAGGACCCAAAAGGAUCCAGACAUCAUUGUUUUCCAGUCUACUUGAGGAGCUUUUGCUUUCAUGCCUGAAACUUGCUGGUUUCAGGAGGGAGUUUUUGGCUUUUUUUUUUUUUAAUUGAAAUGUUGAAAAGUUUCUUAUUGCUGCUUUAAGUGGAACCCAUUUUUCAAAUAUGAGUUGAGUCAGGUCUAACGGAGACUUGUCUGACCGUUUUCUGCAGGAAUGACCGUGGAACAUUUUGAGGGAAACUUGGUAGGAGAAAAUGAGAUCUGAUUUGCAACUAACAGCCAUGCUUAUUAAUCGUGAGACUAUUUACAGACCUAUUGAAAAAGAAAUUGAAUAUUGACCAAGGAUAAUGUCUGUGUUUCUCAGUAACUUAUCAACAAAUGACUCUAACCUGUGGAAAGGAAACCAUAAUUCGACAGACCCUUUAAAUCCGCCAGGAACCGUGAAUAUCUAUCUUUUUUGCCUGACAUGCCUAAUGACUCUGGCAGCCCUGGCAGGCAGCAUUUAUUCACUAGUUUCUCUGCUGAAAAUGCGGAACAGAACUGUGGUGUCCAUGCUUGUGGCUUCCUGGUCUGGGGAUGAUCUCAUGAGCGUCUUGUCGGUGACCAUCUUCAUGUUUUUGCAGUGGCCAAAUGGGGUCUCUGACUACUUCCAGUCUCUGUGCACCAUCUCUGCCUUACUUUAUUUAUGCCAGGGCCUCUCGAGCAACUUGAAGGCGACUCUCUUAGUCUCCUACAACUUUUACACGAUGCACAGGGCUGUGGGGAGCCAGGCAACCUCCAGAAGAUCCGGCCAGGUGCUCGGAGUGGCGCUGACCGUAUGGGCAGCCAGUCUGCUGCUCUCGGCGCUCCCUCUGUGCGGCUGGGGCGCCUUCGUGCGCACGCCUUGGGGCUGUCUGGCCGACUGCUCCAGCUCCUACGUGCUGCUCCUCUUCGCUGUGUACACUUCAGCUUUCGGAAUACUAGCCGGCCUCUCGGUCCCGCUCACUCACCAGUUGCUGUGUUCCGAGCAGCCGCCGAGACUUCACGCCAACUACCAGGAAAUUUCCCGCGGCGCUUCCACUCCAGGGACCCCUGCAACUGGAGGGAGAGUGCUUUCCCUGUCCCCAGAUGAUGCUCCAGGUCCGGCCCCGCGGUGCUCUGGAGGAUGCUCCCCGAGCUCGGACACCGUGUUUGGACCCGGUCCACCCGCGAGGAGCUCAGGGCCAGGGCAGGAGCCGGGGCACGGUGCUGCCGCUGUGGCUGGAGACUGCAGGCGCGAGAACCGGGGGACUCUCUUUGGCACCAGGAGCUUCACCGUGAGCGUAGCGCAGAAGCGCUUUUCUUUGAUCUUAGCGCUGAUAAGAGUCACCCUUUGGCUGCCCAUGAUGAUCCACAUGGCGGUCCAGCACAUCUUGGGGUUUCAGAGCCUUCCCUUUGAGAUGCUCAGCUUUAUGCUAACCCUCCUGGCCACCACUGUAACGCCAGUGUUUGUCUUGUCUAAAUAUUGGACACACUUGCCCUGUGGCUGCAUCAUCAACUGCAAGCAGAACACAUAUGCAGUGACAUCAGAUGGAAAAAAACCCAAGAGGAGAUGCUUUGAAUUCAAUCUAUCAUUCCAGCAAAGUUAUGGAAUUUAUAAAAUAGCACAUGAAGAUUACUAUGAUGAUGAUGAAAAUUCUACAGCCUGUCACAAUCUCAUGAACUAUGAGUGCACAACUACAAAAGACUCUCAGAGAGACACUCAUAUCUUCAGUGCCAUAAAAGUGGAAAUCAGCACCACACCCUCUCUGGACAGCUCCACACUAACAAGCAUCAACAAAUGCACAAACACUGACAUUAUAGAAGCUGAAGAGGAGUCCCACAAUGAAAGAGGUGUUGAUCCACUACUCUCUGAAAAAGCAGAAGGUGAUAUUAAAUAUGAUGAAACCACCUUUUUGGAAGGGCCGGAAAGAAGACUUUCUCAUGAAGAGAGUCAGAAACCAGACCUCUCAGACUGGGAAUGGUGUAGGAGUAAAUCAGAAAGAACCCCUCGUCAGCGUUCUGGAGGUGCUCUGGCCAUUCCCUUGUGUGCAUUCCAGGGGACCGUGUCUCUCCAAGCCCCGACCGGGAAAACCCUAUCUCUGUCUACCUAUGAGGUGAGCGCAGAAGGGCAAAAAAUAACCCCAGCCUCUAAGAAAAUAGAAGUCUACCGAUCCAAAAGUGUUGGCCAUGAACCAAACUCAGAAGAUUCUGCCUCCACAUUUGCGGACACCAGUGUGAAAAUACACUUGGAGGUUCUUGAAAUUUGUGAUAAUGAAGAGGCCCUGGACACGGUGUCAAUCAUUAGCAACAUCAGCCAGUCCUCCACGCAGGUCAGAUCGCCUUCCCUACGCUACUCACGGAAGGAGAACAGAUUCGUUUCCUGUGAUUUAGGGGAAACAGCCUCAUAUUCUCUCUUUUUACCCACAACUAAUCCCGAUGGUGAUAUCAACAUCUCCAUUCCAGACACUGUGGAGGCACACAGGCAGAACAGUAAAAGGCAGAGCCAAGAGACUGUUGGCUACCAGGAGGAAAUCCAGCUGUUAAAUAAAGCUUACCGGAAAAGAGAAGAAGAAAGCACGGGCGACUAGUGAUCAUUUAGCCUGAUAAAGGCAAGAAUGGCUCUGCAACUUCAAAUGACUAAACUAACACCUUUGUUCUGAGGCUUAUUGAUUUUCUUUAUUAUUUGUUGGUUUACAUAAGCUUAACAGACUUAAUAGUUAAUUAUUUUUAGCACAAACAGCUGAAAUUAGUGCAAACACUUAAGUGCUUUUGAUGUGUUACUUAUAGAUCACUCACUGUGGCAAUUAAAAGGUUCUGUUUCUUAUCCGAUUUCUAAAAAUCUUUUCUAAAUCAAAACCCUGGUCUAGUUUACUAAUGUUUUCACCUAUAUCUGUCAACCUCAGAGUAAACAGAAAAUUGUAUAAAGUCAUUGAAAAUAUUGUUCUCAUGGACGUGUCUUGACACAUAAUGUUGGCCCUUACUGCAAGGGGGAAAAUGACAUUUUGGGAAUGGAAAGAAUGUAGCAAAACUCUGAGUUGUAUGUGAAGAAAGAAAGAGAGAAAAAGAAGUCUCUCCAUCGUGUCUGACUCUGUGACCCCAUAGACUGUAGCCUACCAGGCUCCUCUGUCCAUGGGAUUUUCCAGGCAAGAGUACUGGAGUGGGUUAUAUGUGAAGAGGCUUGCCUAAAUGUGGCUAGCAAAGCAAGCUUAUUACAGUUACUGUUUAGCUUCAUACUGAUAUCUAGGAAAUACAUUCCUGCAUAAAAUAGCAAAUAAGCUUUCAACUCUGAAACAUGCAUGUCCCUAGUCUGUACCUAGUUGUUCCCUUCAUUUCUAUAAAGUACAAAUUGUUUACUGAUUUUUUUAUUUCUCUCUUAAAUAUGAGUGUUCUCCUUUCAUCUUUUCAGUAUGUUG